CGCCGGGGGCGGGGCCCGGGCCCGAGCCAGAAGGGAGGCGGGAGCUUCCCCAACGCCUGGGGUUUUGCUCGCCCGGCUUUGGAGGACCCGGCGGAAACCCCUCCACUUUACACAACAAAGAGAAGGUGCGGGAGGCGUGUGAGGCGCCCAGGGCUCAGAUUGGUCCCUCCCGCCCGGGCUCUUCAGCAUCGUUGGGUGACAAUGGAGGGAAGGCCGGGAAGCGGCUGGCGCUCGGAGCCCAACGGUUUGCAGGCGUCUCCCAAGAUUCCGCAGACCACGGAGGAACUUCAGAGGCGCUUGCAGGAGACCCUGGACCUGCUGUCCCCGCAGGAGCUGCGCAACUUCUGCGUCAUCCUCGAGAAGAUGGGAGUGGAGCCGCGCGUGAGCCAGCUGCGGCUGGAGCUGGAGGGCCGCAGCGCGUCGGGGCUGGCCCGGCUGCUCGCCAAGCACUACUGCCCGCCGGCCGCCAAGCGCGUCCUGGUCAAGGUGCUGCAGCAGCUCCCCCGCGCCGACCUGCUGCCGCGCUGGCAGAACGCCGCCGCCGACGGCCGGGGGAUUCCACGAAAGAUUCCAAAGAGAAGCUAUGACUGCGUGGAGGAUGAAUUGGACUAUUAUGACCUGAGUGGCAAGAGGAAGGCCUUCCUGAUGUGUGAAAUGAGGAACAGGCCAGGUGCUGAGCAGGACGUCCUACUGAUGGAGGAGUGGCUUGACCAGUGCCAGUUUGAACAUACAUUGUGCAUCAAUCCCGACAAAAUGGAAUUACUUGAAAAAAUAACCUCAUUCCGUGAUGGGCUAAAUGAAAUUAAAGAUGACAUCGGCUGUUGCCUUGUUACUCUUAUGUCCCAUGGAGAAGAAGGCUUUAUUAGAAUGAAAGAUGGUGGAAAAGUCAGCUUGGAAGGCAUUUUUGAAAUGUUUAACAAUAAAAAUUGUCCAGCACUUCAAGAGAAACCAAAAAUCUUUAUAAUCCAGGCCUGCAGAGGAGAGAGAAGAGACAGUGGUGUUGAAACGGAUGAUGAACCCAUGGACUCUGACGACGGAUCAAAGAAGAGGCGGCUGCCUACCUUCAGUGAUUAUUUCAUCAUCUAUCCCACCCAGGCAGAUCAUGUUGCUUUACGUGACCCCCACACCGGCUCUGUGAUGAUCAGAACAAUGACUGAUGUCUUUAAACAGUAUGGAAAUAAGUGGCACAUCGCUGACUUCUUCACCAAGGUGAACAACAGAGUGGUUCACCAGGAAUUUAAUCUACGUCGUGAACCAGUAAAAGUGUCACUUGUAAUGGAAUCAACUUUAACUAAAUUUGUAUACUUUUGACAUCAGGAAGAAUUUAAACAUAAGGCCUGCUUUACAAUAGACUCUGUAAAGAGCCGUGAGCUUUUGUAGCAUUGUACUAAUGGUUACCAUUUGGCAUUAUUCUUGUCACUAGUAUUUCUCCAAUUUGUUUCGUAUAUGUAUACAUUAUUUUUCUAAGAUUUCACUGCUUCUUUGAUACUUGUAAAUAAUUUGAUUUUUUUUUUAAAUCACUGUUUUCUGGAAAAAGGACUUUUUCCUGAACCGUUAUCCAAACAGACAUGCAGGUCCAUUUGUGUACUGUUUUUAUCACGUGUUUCUCUUGCUGAUGACACCCCGUCCUCUCCGUACUCAGUUUGGUGCUGGGGUUAAGCCUCGUUUUCCUGGCUUAGUCAAGAAUUGCCUUUGGUCUUGUCCUCUGUUUCACCUUCUUUCCCCAGAUUGCUGUCUGCUGCCGGUCUGAUCUCCUCUGACUCUGUAAACCAUUCUCAGGUCUUACCUGGAGGCCUCUGUGCCCUGGAUGCCUUCAUGUUGUUACCUUCUGCCCACUUCUGAGCUGCCUCCUUGCUGCCUCAUACCUUCCAACUGCUGUUUUCUCUUCUGGAACCCCUUGUUCUGCCCCACCUAGGUAAGUCCUUUCUGUCCUUCAGAGUUUGGGUCAAGCAUAACUUGUACAGGGAAGCUUUCCAUAACCCCUCAUGCUAGGGCGGCCCUUUCUGAGUGCCCCGCGACCCUCUGCUCCCCUUCUGUGCACUGGAAGGACUGUAGUGGCUGUUAAAUUUCUCUCUCCAGUUCAGUCCAUGUGUCUCAAUCAUUGCUGCAUCCUAGCUUCCAUCCGUGCCUUUGGGCACAGAGAAGCCAUGUGAUGAAUGUUUGGUGAAUGACUGGUCCCUGCCUUUUCAUCAUCUUCUCCAUCCUCAGACCUGGCCUCAUCACUUCUGCCACCUGCUACUCAUCCGCACAUACUCAUGGCCGGUUGAACUCAACAAGCUGAAAAUUAACCUAAGUUUCCCCUAAAUCUCUUCAUAAAACCCAUCGCAUUGUUAAUAAUCCUUUCACUCCCCACUGCCUGCAGGGAAGUCCCCUAGGACAAUAGUCCUAGUCUUUCUCGGCCAGGCUUAGUCUACACUGCCAGCAUACUGCCAGUUUGUCCUGGGUCUUGGCCACACCAGAUAAUUCGCCCUUCCCUUACUAAUCAUCUCUCGCAGAAUCGGGCUUGUGGAUUAAUGAAUGUGAAUGAACACUCUUGGAUAUGUUACCAUAUCAUAGUUCCCUCUCCCCUUUCUCCUGAAAGGCCCUUCAUUCUCCCUGAAUGCUUCCUCUAUAUCGUGCAUUCUUCAGGGUGUAACCUGGGUCCCAUCCCACUGUAAAGAAAACCUGUAUGUAGACUGGUAUUUUUAGACUAACAGACUGUGGUUGAGUAUGAGUUUUAACUGUAACUGUGUUCUAACUUUUGGUGUAACUCUGGGCUGUGUUUGGACCUCGGUUUUCUCAUUUGUAUAAAAGGAAAUUUAGCUUAGCAACUCUGAGAACUCAUCCCACUGGACUUCAGUGACCUUUGACUUCUUAGGGAACUCGCGCCUGAGCAGCUGCAGAUGUGGCUGUUCCUGGACCUGGGGGUUCAAGAUGGCAGUUGCAUAAGACUGUUGGGCCUGCGUGAGGAUGCAGGUGUUUAGUGGGAUUGCUCUGAAGACUGAAAGCCAAACUGACUGAAGCAAUCUGGAUUCUCCAGGCCUGUCUUCAUUUCAGGGAUUAAUUGUGUCCUUUUUAGUUAAUAUGAUUUAUUAAGUAUAAAUACAUGUGAUUUAAUUUUUAAGCUUUUGAGUUCUGAUAUUUGAUCUGUAGCUUUGGUUUUGUGUAGAGCAUUAAAAUGUCUGUGGUUCAGAAAACAUGAA